UGGCAUUAACAACGCGGGAACUGGCGGGUUCUGUUACUUUUGUUUCGAGUCGAACGUGUUGCAACCCGCUUAACUGAUUCCUUUUAUUUAUCGUGUGAUAAUCCUGAUGGGCUCCCGCUCCAAGUUGUUCCUGGCGAAACACGUUGGCGGCAACGUUACAAAGUUGCAGAUUUAUUCACAAAAGUUUAGUUAGUUCGCAUUCUAACGUUAGCUUGAAUUUGAGGCAGCUACUCCUGUUAGCUAACGUUUUUCUUUGUUUUAAAAAAUACAGCGGUUUGUAUUAGAUGAUAGCUCUCUAGCUAGCUAACCAAAACAGAACUUGUGUGACAUGGAAUCAUUUCAGAAAGUGGAAAAGAUUGGAGAAGGGACGUACGGAGUGGUGUACAAGGCAAAGAACAAAGUCACUGGAGAGACGGUUGCCCUCAAGAAAAUCAGAUUAGACACGGAAACAGAGGGAGUACCAAGCACUGCCAUCCGAGAGAUAUCACUCCUCAAAGAGCUCAGCCACCCAAAUAUUGUUGAGCUCCGUGAUGUCAUCCACACAGAGAACAAACUGUACCUGGUUUUUGAGUUCCUACAUCAGGACCUCAAGAAGUUCAUGGACUCCUCCUCUGUCUCUGGUAUCGCUUUGCCACUUGUCAAGAGUUACCUGUUCCAGCUGCUACAGGGCCUGGCCUUCUGUCACUCCCACAGGGUUCUCCAUCGGGACCUGAAGCCCCAGAACUUGCUCAUCAAUGCCCAGGGGGAGAUCAAGCUUGCUGACUUCGGCCUGGCUAGGGCCUUCGGGGUGCCUGUCCGCACCUACACUCAUGAGGUGGUAACUCUAUGGUACCGAGCUCCAGAAAUUCUCUUGGGCUGCAAAUACUACUCUACAGCUGUUGACAUCUGGAGUUUGGGUUGCAUCUUUGCUGAAAUGAUCACUAGGAGGGCCUUGUUUCCAGGUGACUCCGAGAUCGAUCAGCUGUUCCGAAUCUUCCGUACCCUGGGUACUCCGGAUGAGGCGGCCUGGCCAGGAGUCACCUCCAUGCCCGACUACAAGCCGUCCUUCCCAAAGUGGGCCCGGCAGGAGCUGUCCAAAGUGGUGCCCCCUCUGGAUGACGACGGGAGAGAGCUUCUUGGGCAAAUGCUGGCCUAUGACCCAAACAAGAGGAUAUCUGCAAAAAAUGCCCUUGUCCAUCGGUUCUUCCGUGACGUCACCAUGCCAAUGCCACACCUACGACUCUGAGACAUGCAGACUGACAGGGACAAUACAUAGCGCAGGGUCUUUCCAUGAGAGACCUCUGAGUAUAAGGACUGCCCCAGCUCUUAUCCACACCUGAAUAGUACAGUCCAGAAGAUGGGAGAGAUCACAGGGAAAUAUGGGUGCCAUUCCAAAAAUCAUUCCAGCAGCUAAAACCAGCGUUUUAUAAAUUAGAUGUCCUGUGAGUUUUUUUCUUUUCUUUUUUUCUUUACAGCUAUGAGUGCUUGUUAUGGAGUGGAGAAUGGAUUAGAAAAUUCCAGUUGUUUCAGCAUUUGAUUUGUAUUGAAAGGGUUGUGUUUAGAUUUUAUCAAACUUGUUAUGCCAAUUUUAUAAAUGUUUAAUGAUUAUACAUAAAGAUAAACUUGUUCCAAAUCUUCUAUUGUCUUUUCAAUUCAUGUAAUUUUGUAUAUUUACAGGUACGAUAUGCGAGUUAACAUUCACAAUCCUGUGCCAACUUUUGUCAAGCUCUUUGAGUUAGGUUAACAUUGUGUGACAAUAUGAAACAUAUGGUCUGUGUUAUUUUUGAAGAUAUUUCAUCAAGGCUUGACAUAAGAAGUCCUAUAGUAUAGCCACAAACAAAAGGGGGAAAAGCAGGGUUAGUUACAAGUAAAUUGUUUUUGAACAAUCGCAACAUGUAGUGUUGAUCCCAUGUCUUGAUCUGAAAUAAAUACCAAAAAUCCCAGAAAUGUUCCAUAUGCACAAAAACGUAUUUUUCAGAGUUUUGUGCACAAAUGUGUUUAUCCCUGUUAGUCAGAAUUUCUCCUUUGCCAAAGCCCUUUUGUGGGGAAAAGCUAUCUCUGAUUGGCUGACUCCCCAUGGCUGCAGCCCUGCCCAGCACAGGAGGUUUCUGCCUCCACUCUCCCAAUGGAUGGCCCUGCAACGCACAGGAGGUUGGUGGCACCUUAAUUGGGGAGAAUGGGCUUGUGGUAAUGACUUGAGUGCAGUCAGUGGAAUGGUAUCAAUUACAUCACGUGGUUUCCAGGUGUUUGAUACCAUUCCCUAAUGAAUUUAUUUCAAUUGACUGAUUUCCUUGAAUGAACUGUAACUCAGUAAAAUCUUUGAAAUGGUUCUAUGUUGAGUUUAUAGUUUUGUAUAUGAGUCACUUAGUUACUGAGGGAAUUAUAUUUUGAUGUGUUAAAAUCUAGUAAAGUAUCGGCAGAUGGCAGCACCACUGAACUUUUUCAGCAUUUAUACCGUUUCACACGAGAGUAGACAAGCCUCGUACAGCCAAUCAACGGUCGUUCGAUACGUCUUUCAGUAAAGCGCACUACCGCAUUGGAUAUUUUGUUUCCGCUCUUACCCGAUACAAACAAGAUGGCCGACGUUGUUGAAAUCUAUAAAUUGAAGUUGGCUGAGCUCAAGCAGGAGUGUGCUGUGAGGGGAUUGGAGGUGAAAGGAAACAAAGGUGACCUUAUUGGACGGUUGCAGGCAUACCUCGAGGAGCAUGAAGAUGAGGUGAAUGAAGAGGAGGUCUUGGGAGAGUUAGAGGACGAUCCUAAAGAGGAGGAAAUCAAUGAAAGACCUGCAGAAGAGGCAGCAGGAGAGGCAGCUGUACCUGAAAAGGAUGCUGAGAAGAAAGUUGUGAAAAUCACUGCCCCAGCAGCUGCAGAGGAGAAGCUGCAAAAGAGGGCGGAGCGUUUCAACCUGCCUGCCACUGCUGAUAGUAAGAAAGAGGCCCGCGCUGCCAGGUUCGGUUUACCAGCUCCAACGCCGGCUUCCACACCAGGUGCACCAGUUGCGAAUAGCAAACCAACUGUCAGUGUUGAGGUCCUGAAGAAGCGGGCAGAGCGCUUUGGCAUGAAUGUCUCCCCUGUUGCCAAAACGGUUGAAGUUGACGAGAAACUGAAAAAGAGGAAGGAGAGGUUUGGAAUUCUCACCGCUGCUGCUGCAGUUGGGGCUGAAGAUAGUGAGGCAAAGAAGAGGAAACGCGCAGAGCGAUUUGGAAAUAAUUGAUUCGACAAUUUUUUACUUUUUUUAACAUGUCAUUGUAUUUUUUAAACUUGUAACUCUUGUUUUACAGUGGUAAAAUACCAACCUAUGCUGUUUAGUAAGAACAAAUAUUUACAGUAUGUAAAAGAUUAGACAUUAAAGAUAUUUUCCAAUUUCCCACAAGUGUCCUAAUAACCCUUGAGUAAACUUGUCCUAUAGCUGUUGGGGAAUAAGGUAAUGUAGAGUCUGGAUAGACUUUCCUAUCAGGGCUUAAUCCUUAAGAGUCGUUUGACGCAUAAUAAACAAACCCCUAUCAAAAUCAAUCUGUUUUAAACUGGAGAUAUCAGAAUUUUUGUUUGGGCUGCGUCUCAAUCCACCACAUCUGCCUAUGUCAUCCUUCAGCGUCUGCGGUAGAAAGUGUAAGAUCUACAGCACUGUUUGUCAGACCAAGGAGACAUCCCAAAAAUCGGUCUUCUCGCAAAAAUGUCUUAGGAGCUCCACCAGGGGAGGGAUGGUGUAUGCUCUCUGCUCUAGGGGAGAAGCGGCUGACGUGCCCUGGUAGGGAUUUGGGUGUGACCCAGCCCCGUUGGAUAAUGGCUAAGAAAGCUUAGCUAAACCUGGCAAUAGUCCCCUGCGAACCGGGCUCCUGGUUUGUGACAUUUCUCACUCAAUGGACAUGCUGUAACAAGUGUGGAGGCACUAAGGUACUGUUCAGUUGGGAAUUUUUAUAUCAAAUAUCUUCAAUAGUUUGCCAGUUUAGAUUCCUGGUUGCACACUUAUUAAGCUAACUUCAUAAGAAGAAAUGCACAAAUCAUCUUGAAUUAACUUAAUUGUGCUACACACAUUUCAGACACUUUGGGAUGAUUUAGACAUGCAUUUCAAACAUGCUAUAUUGACUUGGCAUUGUUUUUUGGACAGAAAUGUUAGUUGGCAUUUGGUGGCGGGAGCCAGGUAAACAAAACCAAAGCAUGGAUUGGUCACUGGUUGUCCAAAGAUGACUUACAGUAUAAACAGUUCAUAAUUAGACUGUUUAUAAAUAUGUAAUAUGUUUUUGGGACUUAUUGGACUUCUAAUAAAAUGUUCUUACUACA